GACAGCUUGUGAUCUUGACUCUUUCUGGGACCUAGCGCCAUGCAGCAGGUACUGUACAAUCCGACCCACUGCCAAGAAUCAUGAAGGACGGAGGAGAAUCCAAAGACCAACAACUGACUGUGGCCCUACGGAUUCGGCCCAUCAAUGAGACAGAAGUGGAGGAAGGAGCCACAAUCAUUGCUCACAAAGUCGACGAACAGAUGGUGGUGCUAAUGGAUCCAAUGGAGGAUCCUGAUGACAUUCUACGAGCCAACCGCUCUCGAGAGAAGUCAUACAUGUUUGAUGUGACCUUCAAUUACACUGCAUCUCAGGAUGAUGUGUACCGUGCUACCACCAAGGGCCUGAUUGAGGGCAUUAUUUCAGGUUACAACGCCACAGUUUUUGCCUAUGGACCAACAGGUGCUGGGAAAACGUACACCAUGUUGGGAACAGAUUAUGAACCUGGUAUUUACGUACGAACACUUAAUGACUUGUUCAAAUGCAUUGAAGAAACUAGUGAUGAUAUGGAGUACACUGUUUCCAUGUCAUACUUAGAGAUAUAUAAUGAGAUGAUACGGGAUCUACUUAAUCCGUCUUCUGGCUUCCUAGAUCUCCGCGAGGACUCCAAGGGUGGAAUCCAAAUUGCAGGAAUUACUGAAGUGUCAACUAUUAAUGCCAAAGCGAUAAUGCAGCUGUUGGUGAAAGGCAACAAGCAGAGAACGCAGGAACCCACUGCAGCCAACAAAACUUCCUCUCGAUCUCAUGCUGUCCUGCAAGUCACCGUUAGGCAGAAGAGUCGCAUCAAGAACAUUUUGCAGGAGGUACGAAUUGGACGGCUAUUCAUGAUCGACCUCGCGGGAUCUGAGAGAGCUUCACAGACACAGAACCGUGGAAAACGAAUGAAGGAGGGAGCACACAUCAACCGAUCACUAUUGGCGCUUGGAAACUGUAUCAAUGCUCUGAGUGAGAGGGGAGGAAAUAAAUACGUCAAUUACCGAGACAGCAAGCUGACACGAUUGCUGAAGGAUUCGUUGGGUGGAAAUAGCAGGACUGUGAUGAUCGCCCACAUCAGCCCAGCCAGCCUCUCCUUUGAGGAAUCACGGAAUACUCUCACUUAUGCAGACCGUGCCAAAAACAUUAAAACCAGGGUAAAACGCAAUUUGAUGAAUGUGUCCUAUCACAUUGCUCAGUACACCAAUAUCAUCUCUGAUCUACGCAAUGAAAUCCAUCGUCUAAAGAAGAAGAUAGACGCACAACGAAUACAACAAACGAAAAAUGAUAAAGCUGACAUACGCAACGUGCAAGCUGAGGUACAGCUACAUUCCUCCCGAUACGAUAGACGGGAGAUGGAAAGGCUUCGUGAGCACCUGAUCACCGCCUUUCGAGAACAGAUGGAUAUCCGACGCAAUUUGCUGGAACUGGACAGCAACAACAUGCAAAUUCAGGUUGACACAUCCAGGCACUUACUAACUAUCGCAGACUGGGUGCAAGAAAAGGCUCGGCGAGCGAAGAAAUGGAGGGAAGAAUACCGAAAGGAGGUCUACAGCAAGGAAGAUAGUGAGAAGGAUUCAGACACUGGAGAUGACCAAUCCGAUGUUAUGGAACCAACAGAAGUAGCUGUGGCCCGGGAAAAUAUCGCUGCACUUGUGGCUGAGCAAAAGAAAUUAAAAUGGCAGAAGGUUGAGUUGGAGAAACAAUUUACUGACAUUCGUUCCCGUGCUCAUAGAUUAGAAGAGCUCCUACCCAAGAGAAUCAGCAGUGAGCAACAACGGGAGGUUUUGAGCCUGCUCUGUAAGGUGCAUGAACUGGAAAUUGAGAACACAGAAAUGCAGUCCAAUGCAUUACUCAAGGACAAUGUCAUACGGCAGACAGACUAUGUCGUUCAACGCUUUGAGCAGCAUAGGCAACUGUGUGCUGAAAUUAUUCAACAGCAGCGGCAGAUCAUAGAUGAUCACAACCUGCUGGUUCCUUCACAGUUGGAUGAGUUGUAUGAAAUUUACCUGAGAGAGCUGGAAGAAGGCAACUUGGACCGAAUUGUAGCCAUCCAUACGGUCACAACAAGAACCCUGAAGGAUGGUUCAGUUACUAAUGUGGCCCAGAGGCUAAAAGUGGGAGAACUGGUCCAGGACAUGGACUCUGAUCAGGAAAGUGUGAGAACAAUUGGAUCUGAAAAGCCUUAUCCUUGGCGAAAGAAUUACAAAGAUGUUCUACCACCGCUUGUACCAGAGCCAGAGAGUGAUAAUAACCGAGUGUUUAAAACCAACCCACAUGGUCAACAGAGAAAGAGUUCAACCGUGAUGACACCUCCUCCAAUCCAUGUGAAUGGGAUGCUAAACCAAGAGACAAAUCAACAGGAGAGCCUGGUGAGCUUUAGUGGGAUGAGCAGCGCCAGCAGCCAUUUAAACUCAUCACCUGACAGCAGUGAGAAUUUUGCAGACAAUCGGCACACCCAAACAGAAUUCCUCAAAGAACGCAAGCAGAUGUUGACAGGCACCAAGAACAUCGCAGUCAAAGCAGCGAGGAGACGUUCAAAAGUUCUGGGAAGCGACAACAGGCUACACAUUCUAGAACCCAUGAAAGAGAAAACAAGCAUUUCCCUGCAUUCAAUGAAGGAAAAUGAAGAAUCAUUUUAUAGAGGCAUUCCUGGGCCAUCACUGACACUGUACAGACACCAGCAAUGUCAAGUUAUAAAGCAUGCAGCUAGUGAGGACAAUCUAUCCACCAGUACCAGUGAGAUGAUCAACCAUGUACAGCAUAAUGAGAAAGAAUCCCCCAGCGGGUGGUCUCAAUCUUAUAAAAAGGAAAACAAAAAGACAAGUAGAAAAGAGGAGACAUUAGAAGCCAAACGGAAGAAAAGAAGAUCAAGAUCUUUUGAGGUCAAUGGUCAAGGGUUACCCCAUCCUAAGAAUAUUUCAUCCCGAUUCCAACCGUUGGAGAGUAUUUCGGAUAAUAGAUUUAAUGUGAAUGGCCAAUCUCAGUUACAGACACAUGGAAAACCAACACAUGCACCUGGGAAAGUAAAAUUCCCAAUCAGCCACUAUGCAGGUGAGAGUGACCUACAGAUGCUGGAGGUAGUCAGUACACCACCCAGCACCAUCUAUCAGAGAAAUGCCAAUGGGAGAGGGUUGGCUGUACAGAAGAAAGUUAGAGGUCUGACAAUUGCAGCAUCAGAGGUGGCUAGCUCAACUUCUAUGCUCAAUCAGCCAGGAAACUUCAAGAAGCCUCUGAAUCGUAACCCUCCGCCACAUUUUAAUUACACAGUGACAAAUGGAAAGAAUGAUGUCAGAGCUAGGAAACAUUAA